UGAAAGGGAGAAUGCAAAGUAAGACGCGAGAAGACGCAGCAGGAGCGCGAUACCGCAAACAACGGGCAGGCGCAGCAUGGAAGGAGGCCCCGGCCCCAAAGUGCGGGGCCCACGAUGGGGUCGGAGCUUUUCUCUCAAUGAGGUCAGUACGCUUAAAACGCUAACAAGGGAAAAAUACUCCGGAACGGUACACGAGCAGAUUUUUCAGGUAUUUGGAUUUUACCUGAGUAUUUAUUUUUCUGACUAGUCUUUACUUUUUAAUCCCAACAUUUGGAAGGAAAAAAAAACACAUACAGUGGUGUCUUGAAUUUAAUUUGUACCGUGACCACGUACUGUAAAAAAAAAAACGUUAAAAUAGCACCCGAUAAUAUUUUAUUUUAUAAACAUAUUUAGUAAUGACAUAAUCAAAGAGAAUAUAAAGAAUGAAACCAUGUUUGCUUCAAUUCAAUGGACAUUGUGCUGCUCCUUCGGGUGUGUGUACCAUGGCCACCUGGGGGCAGUAUAAUACAAAGAUGCAGGUUUCCAUGGAGACAAAGAGGUCACAACUCAGCAGCAGUAAUAUAAAGAAUAUAUGCCUAUAAGUAUUGUUAACUCAUCCGUCUGCAUGUGUUGUUUUUCUUAUUCAUGAAACACAUUAGACAUUUUUCUUGCUUGUUUUCUCAGCUGGAACAGAUAAUGGCAUUUCUGUUGAUUUCAUUGGGAAAAGAUGAUUUGAGAUUGGAGUGUUUUGAGUUAGAGUGUGGUCAUAAUAUCUCAAGACAUCCCUUUAUGUUUACUUUUACCUAAGUCCAGAGUGUGAGUACAUUUUUCAAAUAUGAGGGCUGCAUAAAGAAAAAUUCUUGGCGCGGCCGUAUCGUACAUGACUAGAUCCGCGCCUGCCCCGAGCAGUCUCCUCAUCACAUCUCCUCCGUCAGAACCUCAACAAGCGCAAGUGGACAAUCUUUACAGGAACGGUUACUUCAUUAGGAGGAUCAGUGUGAUAUGACUCAUUAGACCUCGGCAUGGAAUCGCUGAAACAGAUCUUUAGUCAUUGAGGUUUGAUGAAUAGAAAUGCGUUUUUGGUUGGAAACUGUUUCUUUGCAGUUUUGCAUAAAAUCUCAAUACAAAACAAUGUAUUAUAUUUCCAUGCAAGAAGUAAAAUAGUUGAACACGGGCUGUCUCAAAUACUAUUUUUAGUAUAUGUCAGGGGUCGCUAAAAAAAUGGACGGCGGGCCGCAAAUGGCCCCCGGGCCGUAGUUUGGACACCACCCCGGUUUACCGUCUUCCUCCCGGUAGGCCGAGACGGCCGAGCCUCACCUGUUGAAGUCCGGCACGGGGGCCCGCUAAGCGGCCAUGUCCUGGCCCGCCCCCCCCGUGUGGGGCUUGGCCCUCUGGGCCCUCCUGGCGGUUCUCUCGCCGGCGACGGCGGGGGAGCGGCCGAACGGCACGGCGCGGCGCGAGGGCGGCGGUUCGCAGUGUGGAGAGUACACCAACCAGGUGAUGGAGGACGGCACGUGCCGCCUGGCGGCCACGCUGCCCCAGCUGGACGAGCAGCGCUGCCCCGACAUGUUCCGCUGCUCGGACGAGGUUUCCUACUGGCUGCACCAGAACGAGGAGCGAAAGCAGCAGAUCGCCGCCCUGAAGGAGACCGUCUCGGAGCUGCAGGAGGAGCUGAGGAACCACCGGCACCGCAUCAAGGUCUUCGAGCUGCAGCACGAGGACAGAAGCCACUUCAACGCCACCCUGGAGCGACGUUUCCACGAGAUGGAGGCGCACUACGCCGAGGCCACCAGCCUGCUGCACCUGCAGGGCACCCUCAUCCUCAACCUGCAGAACCAAGUUCACAACCUCAGCCAAUCAGCGGAGCGUGCGAAGAAGAGUCCCGGCUGUUUGAUCAACAUCGUCCGGCCCAACCCCCUCAUGAGCACCCAGCAGGCCUUGCACCCGGAGCGCCAUCACAUGAGGAACUGCCCCGUCGACUGCGCCUCCAUCUACUACAACGGCGUGAGGAGGUCAGGCGUCUACACUGUGGUGCCGUCGCUUGCGGGCGUGCCAGUGGAGGUCUACUGCAACAUGGACACUGACGGCGGCGGCUGGACGGUGAUCCAGAGGCGGGCGGACGGCUCCGUGAGCUUCGACCGCAGCUGGCGGGAAUACAGGGCCGGUUUCGGCGACCUCCACUCGGAGUUCUGGCUCGGCAACGACCACAUCCACGACCUGAGCGGCCAGGGAGACUACAGCCUGCGCGUAGACCUGGAGGACUGGAGCGACAAGCACAAGCACGCGCUGUAUCAGCACUUCAGUGUAGAAGAUGAGGAGCACCGGUACCGCCUCCACGUGUCGGGCUUCAGCGGCAGCGCGCAGGACUCGUUCGGCUGGUACCACGACAAGCGCGCCUUCAGCACGCCCGACAGCGGCGACAUCUGCGCCGAGAUCUCUCACGGCGGUUGGUGGUACGGCCAGUGCUUCUAUGCCAAUCUCAACGGCGUCUACUACAGGGUGACCGUCCAAGUAAGACCGCUCGAAUGCGAAUUGACGACGCGCGUUGAGCCGUGUUUGUGUCCCGCAGGGGGGCCACUACACGCCGAAAGGCAAAGGUCACCUGGGCCCGGACGGGAUCGUCUGGCACACGUGGAGGGACUCGGACUAUUACUCGCUACGCAAAGUCGCCAUGAUGAUCCGGCCGCGCAGCUUUCGAAACCCUCUGUCUCCCUGAGCAACUGUUACCAUGGCGACAACAGCUGGGCACGGAGAAACAAGUCAGGACUAACGCUUCACUCAUAGGACAUUAUUAUUAUUAUUAUUAUUUUCAUGGUGACUGAAUUUCUUUUUGUACUUUAAUUUUCUACCUUUAGUUGUUUUUAUUUUUGUUAUCAAAAAAUGAAAGAUAACGCAUUUCUUUUGUUUUAAUGAUAAUACAAGUGUUAUAAUAUUAAUGAGUAGAUAACGGUAAAAAGAGCAGUAUGGAAAUAUAAUUGUAUAAAUAAUACAAUAAAAUCACAGGUGCAUCUCAAUAAAUUAGGGUUAGUUAAUUUAUUUCAGCAGUUCAAUUAAAAAAAAAAAAAAAGCUAAACUCACAUUAUACAGAUUGUCAUGUAAUGGUCUAAUUUCUUGAGGUGAUGGAUUUUAGCAGUAAGAUGUCAUCAAAAUAUUUCACUGUGUAGUGACUAUAUAUAUAUAUACACACACACACACAUACAGUACAUACACACGAGUUUCCCUUUUUGAAAAGAAUCACAGACAUGUUUUCCAAAACAUUCAAAUGUAAGAUAUAUCUGUACAUAGUGGGCUGCACUCUUGGUUAAGUGUUUUUUUUAUGUUGAUGAGCCCAUCAUGCGAGCUUACCUUUUAAACGUUAAGCACUUAUUGCAUGAUUUAUUUAUUUCAUUUAAAUAGCCCGCUCUAAAUUCCUUUUUGUGUGUAAUAACGAAUGGGAGCUGUGAAUCUAUGGGAUAAAGCUUUAUUUAAAUAUAAA